AUGGAUACUGCCGUAGGACUUCCAGAGACGCACUCCUCGGCUGCAGAGGAUGCUGCUGGUCCGCUGAUGAGCGACCCUUUAAGAACCGGAGCCCUGGCUGUGAACGUGAAGAUCGAGCAUCAGAGCCCUGCCCCGGCCCGGUGCGCGGGCUGCCAUCGGAGCAUCUCGGAGCGCUUCCUCAUGCGCGUCGACGGCGCGUCGUGGCACGAGCAGUGCCUACAGUGCGCCGUGUGCCGCCGGCCGCUCAACAACACGUGCUACUUCAAAGACACGAAGCUCUACUGCAAGGUGGACUACCAACAGGUUUUCUCCACAAAGUGUCGAGGCUGUCGGGAGAAGAUCGCGCCCACAGAGUUUGUGAUGCGCGCCCUGGACGGGGUCUACCACCUGGGCUGCUUCCGCUGCGGCGUCUGCCAGCGGCGGCUGUGCAAAGGGGACCAGUUUGUGAUGAGGCAGGGCCGGCUGCUCUGCAAGCACGACUACGAGAAGGAGAGGAAACUGGACACCAUCAGCCCCGACUACUCUGACCUAGAGAAGAGUGAUGGUGAUGGUGAUGACGACGAUGAGGACGGGAAGCCAGAGAGGCCCCCAACCACCGCCACUGGGGGCCACAGAAGGGCCAGUGGUGGAGGGAGAGACCCCCGCAGGCCCAAGCGUCCCCGGACCAUCCUGAGCACCCCUCAGAGGAGAACCUUCAAGGCCUCCUUCGAGGUGUCUCCCAAGCCCUGCAGAAAGGUCAGGGAGAGCCUGGCCAUGGAGACGGGCCUCAGUGUGCGAGUGGUGCAGGUGUGGUUCCAGAACCAGAGAGCCAAGAUGAAGAAGCUGGCCCGCAGACAACAGCAACAGCUGGAUCAUCAGAAGAGCAACAGGCUGGGCCAAGGGGGGAUCUCAGGUUGCAUGGAGAGUCUGCACAGAUGUUACUCAGGCCAACUGCCCGCCACUCGAGAGCAGCGGCCAAACAACUCCGUGGACCUCAACGCAGGCUACAGCCAUGACGUACCCUUCCAACAGAGCCUGACCCCGCCCCAGAUGCCGGGAGAUCACAUGUAUCCCUACGGACCCGGAUCUAUUUUCAACGACAUGGACAGCGACUCCUCCCUGACCAGCCUGAGUGACUGCCUGGUGACGACCUCUGGCCUGGGCCUCUUCCCCACUCCAGUGGGGAACCCCAUUGACUGUCUGUACACCAUGCAGAGCUCCUACUUUGCCUCCUGA